UAUUACAAAGUACUUAUAUCUAUAAUUACACUGCAACAAGGACACCUUAAAAUAAAGUAAGACCUGAAAGUCUUACAGGUUUGAUGAGUAAAUGAUGGCAAAUUUGUCAUUUUUGGUUGAACUAUACCAUUAAGUGCUUCUUUCUUUCUGCUGGGGUUAAUAUGUUUGCUGGAUAAAUGAGCUUUAUUGUGUGUUUCUGCUUUGUUGCACUGAGAUCUCUAUCAGACUGUAAACACUAAACUGAGUCGACGCAAAUAAAGUCAAAUAAAGAAAUGCCACGUGGGAAUACUUUACUUAAAUUACAACACAUUAUUGUGAUGUUUUGCAUCAUUUCUGACAGUCUUGUGUUGUAUUGUAGACAGAGGUGUGGUGCGUUCCUUUGAAAAGUUGUUCUGGGGCUUAAUUCAAUAAGAAACAGAGAUCCUUUCCUGGGAAAGAGCCUGUUUGAUUGCUCAGAAAAGAUAGCAGUUUGCGGUCAGUUUCAUCAUAUUUCAUGGCUUUGAUACAUGGCAUUGUGUUGUAUUGUGUGGUGUUAUAGUUUAAAACUCUGAAAUACAAAACCCCACUGUUACACAAACUGAUUUCCCCCUUGUUGUAAGUUUUUUUUUUAAAUUCAUAUUGCCAAACAUACACCUAAAUCUCCCUCCUUGAAUACAGAAGAAGGAGGAGUGCUGUCAGGAUAUAAAGCUGAACACAACACAGACUCUGAUUUUCACUUGCUCCCACUGAGACUCAAAAGGCAGAAACAGCUGUGAGACAUGAAAGGAAAAGGUGUUGUGCUGUUCUUUGUGUUGCCGCUGGUGCUCGGCCAGCAAAAGACCUUCAACUGGGACACGCCAGGACAAACCCUCCCUCCAGAUCCCAUCAACCCGUGCCUGACUGACCAGGACUCAUGUGGUUGUUGUGUGAUGCAGAGGAAAAAAUGGCAGUUAGAAGGAUAUUUAAACUCUAGUAUGAAUUCACUGGAGGAUUCGCUGGCCAGAGCACAAAACACACUGAGAAACAUAAGAGAGAAUCGAGUGGCAUUUUCUGUGGCUCUAACUGACAGGAGACGUUGUGUUGGUCCAGCGAGGACGGCAAUAAAUGUUGUCUAUCAGAGCAUCUUUAUCAACAUUGGAGAGGCCUAUAACUCAUCCACUGGUGUGUUCACGGUUCCACGGUCAGGCGUGUAUAACCUGGCAUUUACCGUGUUCAGCGACGCAGGCUCACCGGGUGCACUGCUCUCCGUCUGUGCCAGUAUCAGGAGGAAUGGUGUGGCUCUAGCAGCACUUAGGGAGGUGUAUGCUCAAGACCAGGAGGACCAGGCCACAGCGGUCUUACUUGCGCAGCUCGGCGUAGGAGACCGUAUUACCAUCAGUCUCCAACCUGGCUGCUGGCUCUGUGACGAUCAGAAUCAUUACAACACAUUCAGUGGAUUUCUGCUGUAUGCUACAGAGUGAAGCACACAAACUAUAUUAGUGAGGAGCUUUCAUAGAUGCAAUGGUUUUCAUACUAGGAUCAUUUAUCCAAAACCUAAAUAUCACACAAACCUUAUAAAACUCGAUUUGGAAAAUUUUAUUUCAGUUUGCGAGAAUCACUUUUGUUUUUUUAAGUUUUAAAUUUAAAUGUAAAACUUUAAAUGUCAUCACAUGUUGCUUUUCAGCAUGUUUCAAUAUACUUGUAAGGGUGGUUUUCAACUAUUUGACACACUCUCUCUCACACACUUAUUGUAAGAUAGAAGAAUGUUGUAAAAGGCACAUAUGUUGAACUAACAUUAAUAAAAUGUUGAAAUUUUUUAA